CUGCAUGAUGUCUCUUUGAUAAAACUCUGAAGCGAAUACAACCAAACCCGAGUGGUUACAGAAGCUGUUAAAUGUAAGGAUGGAUCUACCCUGGGCUUUCUCCGUGUGUCUGGACAGCCGCAGCCUGCUCCUCUUCACCCUGGUCCUCCUGCUGGUGGCCCUGGGUCUGAGGUCCCGUCGGCCCAGAAGCUUUCCCCCAGGACCCUGGGCUCUUCCUCUGGUUGGGAAUAUUCUCUCUCUUGACUUCAACAAUCUCCACAACGACAUGACCAAGUUGGCAGAGCAGUAUGGGAACGUGUACAGCCUGAAGAUGGGCCCUGUGUGGACGGUGGUGUUGAACGGCUUCAGCACUCUGCAGGAGGGUCUCAGCAAAGGAGAUCACAUGACCGACCGCCCUGCUUUCCCCAUCCAUACGGAUGUGUUGCCUGAUCUAGGUAUUAUUUUUGCUAAUGGGUAUUCGUGGAAGCAACAAAGGCGGUUUGCCCUCUCCACUCUCAAAUACUUUGGCGUUGGCAAGAAGUCUCUUGAAUCUUCCAUACUGGAGGAAUUUAGGUACAUGUCCAAAGAAAUCGCUAGUCAUAAAGGCAAACCCUUCAAUCUACAUUUUUUAAUGAACAACGCCGUCUCCAACAUCAUCUGCUCCCUGAUCUUUGGCCAUCGCUUUGACUACAAGGAUGAGAAGUUUCUGCAGUUGAUAACGUUGUUGGACAAAGGGGUCCAGAUUGAAGGAUCCAUUUGGGCACAGCUGUACAACGCCUUUCCUGUGCUGAUGAGGCGUUUGCCGGGGCCACACCACACUCUUCAAAAGGUUUAUGGUGAUAUAAUGGACUUGAUGAAAACAGAAAUUAAUAAGCACAGGGAAGACUGGAACCCCUCUGAUCCCCGAGACUUCAUCGACUGUUACCUGACUGAGAUUCAGAAGCAUCAGGACAAGAGGGAUGAUGAGCCAAACGCUUGUUUUGAUGAAGGCAACCUGGUGAUGUGUUCGUUUGAUCUGUUUGGAGCUGGCACUGAGACCACCUCCACCACCCUGCGCUGGGGUGUGCUCUACAUGGCAAAGUACACCGAGAUUCAGGAGAAGGUCCAGGAGGAGAUAGACAGCGUGAUUGGACAGUCCAGAGAGCCGUCCAUGGAAGAUCGUCCAAACAUGCCCUACACUGACGCCGUCAUACACGAGAUCCAGAGAAUUGGAAACGUAGUUCCUCUCAACCUGCCUCAUGUGACCAACAGGGACGUUCAGAUAGGAGGCUACACAAUCCCAAAGGGAGUUAUGGUAAUGCCCAACCUGACCUCGGUGCUGUUUGACAAGAAUGAGUGGGAGACGCCCAACACCUUCAACCCAGGACACUUUCUGAACAAGGAGGGGAAGUUUGUGCAGCGAGCUGCUUUCAUCCCUUUCUCUGUGGGUAAGCGGGUGUGUCUCGGGGAGAACCUGGCCAGGAUGGAGCUCUUCCUCCUCUUCACCUCCUUCCUGCAGCGCUUCACCUUCUCCAUGCCUCCGGGUGUGGAGGCUGUGUUCAAGCCCCGUUUCAGCAUCACCCUCUCACCCCAACCCUACCAAAUCUGUGCCACUUUACGUGAAGAGUGAUACACCUCAUCAACACAAUUUCCAGAAAUAUUAGAAAAUAUUAAUUUAUAAAUAUUUCUUGGAGCAGAAUAAGACGACAGCGAUGAUGUAAUUGCUAAUGUUUAGGAGAUGUUGCCUAUCUACAUUGCACGUCCAGCAGAAUUAGAGCUAUAUUAGCAUUUAUUGGUAUUUUCAAUUUCAGACCAAUAUACAUGCACCCUUGAUGUCUGCUUUGGUCUCUAACAACUUACUUAAAAUCAUAUGGAUGUUUCGCUUAGUUGUGGUCUGCCAUUUGAUUAUUUUCAGGUUAGGUGGAGGUUUAAGGUAACAACAAAAACUGUAUUAUCAGGGAUUCAGGGUCUCUGUAGAUCGUGUUGUUUCUUUUAAAUAAAUGUCUUAUAUACUGUAA